AUGUCUAGUAGAAUAAUUUGGAGUAAUUUCCGAAAUUAUCUCACAAUUUCCAACAGAUUAAAUCAACCAAAAUUUAACACAAUUCAAUAUAACAAAUUUAAUAAUUUUUCAUCGUAUUCUACUGGGAAUAACGUUGGAACAGUUAAUUUUAAUAAUUCGGAAAUAAAUAAAGAAAAGAUAAAAUUAACACUCGGUAGGGGAAAAUUAGGUGGAGAAUUAGGUGGAGAAUUGGCUGAGGGAGAGAUAGUGGCCCGAAGAUUAGAUAAUGAGGGUUACUUUUUCCUUAAGAAUUUGAGGAGACUGAAGCCUUUUUUGAAGUUUCUACUCUUCCAAUCAAUUCCAAUCCUUCUGUUAAUGUUUUUAUAUAAAUAUUUCGAACAAAAAAAGUUAACGUCAAUAGCUCCAAUUACCACAGAAUCUGAGCUCACGAAGCACGUAAUAAGUUCUAUUAGAAACGCUACCUCAGUACUAAUCUCCAGCAAUAACUUCACGUUUGUUAAUAACAUUAAACUCUCAAACAUUUCCGAAGACAUACAGUCCCUUUUAAGUGAGGUGAAGUUGGGUGAAUUGGACUUGUUAAUUCAAGAUUUUAAUGAAGAGUUAACAGACAAAGCUCAGUUACUUACCAUCAAUCGCGACAAGUUUACGUAUAUAUUAUUUGAGGGUACUUUAAAGAGGCGUGAGGAUAAACGGUUUAAUUUUACUAUUGACAAGGUUAACGUAAGAUUUAUAAGCUCUAAUAGUAAUUAUACUUUUGUAAAAAAUGACAAUGGAGGCUGGAGUCCCAGUUGA